ACGAGCCAUUAUAUUUGACGAACGAAUAAACGAUUAAGCCUAUUUCAUUUUUAUUCUGGACAUUCCAUAGAUAUUGAAUACCAUUAUAUUGUUUAGAUGCAGAUGUUUCAUGUUGUUCGUUCAGCAUACUUCAAUUACUCAAUAUUUGGAUAUCCGGUAACUGAAACACAGUCGAUGGUUUUCACAGUGUUUAUGGUUUUUGCGAUAUUAUUAUGUUAUGACAAAUGGAAUCGUCGGCGCUAUGAAACAUGAGCUGAUAAAUUGAGAGGUCCGCCGGAUUACCCGAUUAUAGGGUCAUGUUUGGAAAGCUUUGGUGGUAAGAGAAACAAAUCACAUUAUGUUUGUAUUGUAUGUAGGUAUGCCUAAUAACUGUAUAAAAUGUAUUUUAUAAUUGGUAGAUAACUCUGAAAAUAACUUUGGUAACUUUGGAGAAUUACAUAAUUAUAGUACUUUUAAAUUAUGGGUUGGUAGUUAUUUAAUGGUUUUCAUGCUGCAUCGUUAGCCGGGUGUAGGGGUUCAUGAAGUCUCGGGUCUCGCAGUAUUGACUCAGCACCUGGCCCGCACACUUUUAAUAAAUUACUCGGUCGAUGAUUAUUUGAUUAAUUUUUUACAGAGUUUCAAUCAAAAUAUACGUAAGGUAAGAAACAAUCAAAAUUAUUUAAUUAUUGAUCCUCUACGCUCGGAAUAUAUUGGUCGUAUAAAGAUGUUUAUUUAUUUAUUGGUCGUUUUUUUUUUUUUUUAACUGAGAAAAACAUUUGUGCUAGAAAUCUUAAUCCGAUUUUUAAUCUAUUCACAUCUGUAGAUUAACAAUGUGGGACAUUUUUAGAGAGAUAAUUUUUGACGAUUUUAUUAUGAUUAAUGAUUAUAGUUACAGCAAUGAAUAGUUAAAAAGUACAGUUUUAUGAUAAUAUUAAGAAUAAGUAAAACGAUUUGACAAUGACGAUAACAAGGCUAAUACAUAGUAUAUAAAUGUAGGUUGACCGGUGACCGGUGCAUAGUAAUUUUGGAUAAACAUUUUUAUUUUUUUUUAUUUUGUUGCGUUUUCCUACUUUUCGCUUUCUUGACCCUACGUCCGUCUAUUCUAAUAUAAGUAUUUUUACGAGUGGCAAUAACUAAUUUUACAUUCUCUGUUUCACAUAUUAUUUUUACUUCGUUCAAAACAUAGUAAUAAUUACUUAAUACUAAUUGCGUAGUUUAAAAGAGGGACUAUAAUUUGCAUAAAAUAACGACUGGAAAUAUGUUUUAACUUAACAAAUAGGUUAAUUUAUAUGAAUUUAUAAAAUUCAAAUUGACUUUGAUAUUAGGUAUAAUUACGGCUACAAAACUUCUUAGGGGUUUUCACAAAUUAAAAAUAUAAUAAUCCAUUUAUUAUCCCGCAAAUGAUUUAAACCAUCUAAUAAAACAUUUAAUAAUUAUUUAAAAAAAUAACAUUCGCGAAUCGUCAUUAUUAUAGAGAACUUGAUAACCUCGAACAGUAUAUUUACAUCGUAUACAGAUAAUUUUUUUAAUUUAAAUUUAAAAUAAACAUAAAAUAUGUAUACUUUAAAAUAUUUGUAUGAUGUCUUUUAAUAAACAAUCAUACUUUUUACUUGUACAUGAUUAUGUUUAAAUUUCUGAAUUUUUUUCGGCACUAUCGGUUAUUUACAGGUCAGUCCGUGGUACCGACACGAUUUCUACUGCGGAAUGAAUAUUCUGUUCACGAGUACAUUACACACAUAUACGCACAUAAGAAAUUUAAAUUGGUAAUCACGGAAAAAAGAAGGACCUGGAUAACCACAAACAAUUUAUUAUAACUUUAUAUCAAUAAAACUUUCACGAUUGAAUAAAAUUCGAACUAAUAAUAAUUAAUAAAUUACAUAGAUCUGAUAUGAUUUGAUACUACUAAUUACGUAGUUAAAAGUACGGUCAUACUUCGUACGAUGAAUGUAGUAGGGAAUAAAGGAAAUAGAGGAGAAAUUAAUUUGAAUCUAUAAACAACUAUAAGAAUUGCUAACAAAAAAAAAAGGUUCCAAAUGGAGUUCGGUUGAUAUUAAUUUAACAACAAUUUAUAUACAACACAAAAAAAACAUCAAUAUACACAAUACCGCACACUAGCGCUCAUUGGCUGUACUCGGGAAAUGCGAAAAUUUCCUGCUGAGCACUUAUAUAUAAAAACACAAACCCGAUUGAUGGAUAUAGAGUUGCAUGAAGUGUCUGGGUGACGCAGUUUUUACUCAGCCUCUAGCCCACACACAUAUAAUAAAUUAUACGGUCGAUGAUUAUUUGAUGCAUUUUCUACAAAGCUUUAAUAAAAAAAAUACAUCAGGUAAGGAACAAUACAAAAAAUUUAAUUAUUGAUUCUCUACGCUCCGAAUAUAUUAGUCUUAUAAUGAUGUUUAUUUAUUUAUUUGUAGAACUUUUUUGUUUUUUUUAACUGAGAACACUAUUUGUACUAGAAAUCUUUCUCCGAUUUUUAAUCUAUCCACAUAUGUAGAUUAUCAUCAUGGGACAUGAGUAAAAAGAUAAUUUUUGACGUUUUUAUUAUAAAUAAUUUAUAUAGUUAUAGCAAUGAAUAGUUAAAUUAUACGGUUAAUAAGAUAAUAUCAUGAAUGAGUAAACGGUUUGACAGUGGCAAUUGAUAAUAACAAUAACAACGCUAAUAUAUAAAUGUAUGUUGACCAGUGGCCAGUGCCUAAUAAUUUUGACAAAAGAAGUUCUCAAAAAUAAAGACCUAUGUUUAAUGUUAUUUCAUUAAAUCUAAACAAAAUGUAUUACUGUCAGCUUUUUUUUUAUGUUUACUAUUGCCUAAUUUUCAAAAUUAUUCUAGCAUCAAGCACCUAUACGACAAAUAUCUCAAUUAAAACUAUACUUUAUGGUUUAUAGCAACUAUCUAAUACCAUUAUUUUAGGAUGCAGAUGUUUCAAGGAAUUGGUUCAGUAUAUUUCAAUAACUCAAUGUUUGGAUAUCCAGUGACUGAAACACCGUCGAUAGUUUUCGCAGUGUUUAUGGUUUUUGCGAUAUUAUUAUGUUAUGACAAAUGGAAUCGUCGGCCCUAUGAAACAUUAGCUAAUAAAUUGAGAGGUCCGCCGGAUUACCCGAUUAUAGGGUCGUGUUUGGAAAGCUUUGGUGGUAAGGGGAACAAAAUUACAUUAUGUUUGUAUUGUAUGUAGGUAUGCCUAAUUACUGUAUAAAGUGUAUUUUAUAAUUGGUAGAUUUCUACGAAAAGGCAAUGAACUUUGGAGAAUUAUAUAAUUAUAGUACUUUUAAAUUAUGGGUAGGUAGUUAUUUCAUUGUUGUCAUUCCUAAGCCGGAGGAUAUUCAAGUAAUUGUUUGUUACAAUAAAUAUUAAAAAAUUAAUUUUAACAUUUAUCUUGAACAUAUAAUGCAUUUAUAAGAGGUACAUGCUAAAUUAAUUUUCAAAAUCAAUUUUUUUCAGAUUAUUUUAAAUAGUUUGCAGGCCUUAGACAAGGGCAUAGUGUAUAAUUUGUUGGCUAAAUUUCUGGGCAAGGGCUUGGUAACAGCUCCAGGUACAUGUAUAUUGUUUAUUAGUAAUGCACACUUAAUCUAAAUAUCCACUUAUGGUUUAACUAUUUAAUAAUGUACCAAUAAAUUCAAAUAAGUUUUCUUUAACCGAACCUAACCUGGGUAAACAGGUCUACUAAUAUUUUUUUUUUUAAAUUUUUUUCAAGUUAAAAUUAAGGAUAUAUACUAUACUAAUAAGUUCACCAAUUUAAAUCUUGGCAUUUCUCAAAUGCCUAAUUAAAAUUAUUACAGUAGAUAAAUGGAAAAUACAUCGACGUUUGAUAAAUCCUUUGUUUAAGUACGAAAAUAUAAAAGAAAUGUUUUUCCCGAUUUUUCAAGAGAAAUCAAAACUACUAAUUCAGAAUCUACAAAAGGAAACGGGUAAAACACGACCGUUUAAUAUCUUGGACUAUGCAUCAGAUAUUACUCUUAAUACAGUGUGUCGUAAGUAUUAAAAUCUCUACUACUAUGGAUAUGUGUGAAUGUUAAAUACAUUUUACCAUACUAUUAUACUUGCAGUGAAUACUAUUAGUAAUAUUAUUGAUGUUUUAUUACCUUUCUAGAAACAACAAUGGAUUACAAUCUCGACUCUCAGGCAGAUAUGGGUUUCAAAAAGAGUGUCACAAAGUAAAACAUU